AUGGCCGCGGCGCCCGGAGGGUCUGCGCCGGCCGCCGGCCCGGGCCCGCGCCUUGGUUUCAGCACCGCGGACAGCGGCGUCGGCAUGAGCGGGCUAAACCCAGGUCCCGCGGUGCCCAUGAAGGACCACGACGCCAUCAAGCUCUUCGUGGGGCAGAUCCCGCGGGGCUUGGACGAGCAGGACCUCAAGCCGCUGUUCGAGGAGUUCGGCCGCAUCUACGAGCUGACGGUGCUGAAGGACCGGCUCACCGGCCUCCACAAAGGCUGUGCCUUCCUCACCUACUGCGCCCGGGACUCUGCUCUCAAGGCCCAGAGUGCACUGCACGAGCAGAAGACCCUGCCUGGGAUGAAUCGUCCGAUCCAAGUGAAGCCGGCUGCCAGUGAGGGCCGAGGAGAGGACCGGAAGCUGUUUGUGGGGAUGCUGGGCAAGCAGCAGGGUGAAGAGGACGUCAGACGCCUGUUCCAGCCCUUCGGUCAUAUUGAGGAGUGCACAGUUCUGCGGAGCCCUGACGGGACCAGUAAAGGCUGUGCCUUUGUCAAGUUCGGGAGUCAAGGGGAAGCUCAGGCGGCCAUCCAGGGUCUGCACGGCAGCCGGACUAUGGCGGGCGCCUCUUCCAGCCUCGUGGUCAAGCUGGCAGAUACAGACCGCGAGCGAGCGCUGCGGCGAAUGCAGCAGAUGGCUGGUCAGCUGGGUGCCUUCCAUCCCACACCACUGCCACUUGGGGCCUGUGGCGCCUACACCACAGCGAUCCUGCAGCACCAGGCAGCCCUGCUGGCAGCUGCACAGGGCCCGGGCCUAGGCCCGGUAGCCGCAGUGGCAGCCCAAAUGCAGCAUGUGGCGGCUUUCAGCCUGGUGGCUGCGCCGCUGUUGCCUGCAACAGCCAACUCCCAGCCUGGCAGUGGUCCUGGCACUCUCGCCGGUCUUCCAGCGACCAUUGGGGUCAAUGGAUUUGGCCCACUGACUCCCCAGACCAACGGGCAGCCAGGCUCCGACACGCUCUACAAUAAUGGGCUCUCUCCUUAUCCAGCCCAGAGCCCUGGUGUGCCUGACCCCCUGCAGCAGGCCUACGCUGGGAUGCACCACUAUGCAGCAGCCUAUCCGACGGCCUAUGCCCCAGUGAGCACAGCUUUUCCCCAGCAGUCUUCAGCCCUACCCCAGCAGCAAAGAGAAGGUGAGGGACUGGGGGCUGGAGUUCAGAGCCUGGGUGGGGUUGGACUCAGGGUCCCUUCCCUGAACCAGCCUGCUGCUGUUCCUGCAGGCCCGGAAGGCUGUAAUCUCUUCAUCUAUCACCUGCCUCAGGAGUUUGGUGAUGCAGAACUCAUACAGACAUUCCUGCCCUUUGGGGCCGUUGUCUCUGCCAAAGUCUUUGUGGAUCGAGCCACCAACCAGAGCAAAUGUUUUGGGUUUGUUAGUUUUGACAAUCCAACCAGUGCCCAGACUGCUAUUCAGGCCAUGAACGGCUUUCAAAUUGGCAUGAAGAGGCUCAAGGUCCAGCUGAAGAGGCCUAAGGAUGCCAACCGGCCUUAUUGAUCUGCUCUCACUGACUAGCCACAGAAAGCAAUUAAUACCCAACAACAGAAGCUGAAGAGUGAGAAGAAAGGGAAGAAAAAGCACAGAAAUGCUGGAGCAGCCCUUCCGGAAGGAGCAGCUGCAGAUGGAAGUGGAUCAGACCUGAGGCUGGCGCCUGGGGCUCGGGCCACUCAAGGAUUGUUCUUAUCAAGUGGGUUGUUCUGCACCUGUGGCAGAGAGCGCAGGCUGUCAGGGCAACCAGGACUGGUUGAGAACUGACUGUCUGGGAAACCAGCAGAGGGCCUUGGGGGUGCCAAGGGCUUCUCUACAAGGGAAGCCCAGAUUUACUUCUUUCAAAAUCAUAUCAUUCCUUAGAGUUUAGGGACCAAAGGACUAUUGCUUUUUUUAAGAAUAUAUAUAUCUAUAUCUAUAUAAAUUAAAACAAACAAGAAAAAACACAAGAGAAAUAAAAAAAAAGACAGUAUAGAGUCUCAUAAAAGCUGCCUUUAAAUAUCCCUAGGAGACAGGGUGAAGGAGACCUUUGAUAGCACCAGCCUAGCAAUGGGAGGCCGUGGAAAGAUUGUCUUGUGUCUCAUCCCCUCUUAAACCACUCCCCCACCGUUCCCUUUUCAAGAUAAUUAAGGACCCAAGAGGUCCAGGCUCAUAAAAAGAGGGUUAUGGAAGCAGUGAACCCAUAAUCUCCAAUCUCCAGCCUCAAAGGUCAUCCCUGAAGAGGCCCCAAGAGGGGUUCAGGCCUGCCUUGGUUUUGUCAUCCUACAAGGACUCCUGGGCAGCAGAAGUGAUAACCUCCCUUUCCUUCUCAAUGGCUUCUCCCAUGGAACCACUGUUUCCCCAAGAAGGAAGAAAGAGGGAGUUUUGACCACAUGAGCUUUUUUCAUCCCAGUCAGUCAAAAUAGACAGAGGCCUUGCCUUUGGCUGAACUGAGACACCUCCUGUUUCUCCUCCCCUUGAGCCAGCCCCAGUGUCCCCUUGCUCCAGGCCACCUUCUGUCUCUUAAAUUUCCCUACCUAUAAAGUAGAUUCAAGAUAUACGUAGAGGGCUGUGACAACAGACUUGGAAGGUUUGCUACUGUAUAUACUGCCAUUGAGAAGGGGAUAAUUUUCAAUAUGUAGAAGCUUCAGAAUUAGGGGUCCCUGUUUACCCAGGACCUGGGAGGGAAAUAGAUGUUUUGCCAAAAUACUUCUUCAUUCCUUUAAAAAGUACAUCUUUCCUAUGCAAGAGUGUCUCAUAUGUGCUUAUCCAAGGUGCUUUUAGAUGGUGAGCAGUGUUCAGCUUAGAAGUGGUGUGUGCUCUGUCUGUCUGUCUUUGUCCGUCUGUUGUAUCCAGUGGGUGCCAUAUAAAGCUGAUCAAUGGUGGUGCUUCCUGCCUGCUUCUGUGAGAUGGGCAAAAGAUUCCGCUUAGAAAACCGUGAUUCACCUUGCCUUGGUCAGUCUUUCCUGUGUCCACAAGGCCCUGCUCAUAUUUUUUCCAGGGGGAUAAUUUUCUCUCCACCCCAUAGAAAUGAAUUAGCCUAGUCUGAGGCCCCAGCUGUGUGUGGGAGCUCUCUAGUUCCCAGAUGUUGCUGAUGUUGGAGGUCUCUGAUCUGAUAACAGUCAGACAGUAAAGAAUGUGGGGUGGGGUCAGAGGAUUCUUCCUUCAUAUGGUUUCUAAGAAAACUUGUUCCCACCUGUUCCUCUUGUCUUUGACUCAUUUUUGGAGGGAAUGGGAAUAAAAAUUAACAUUACCAGGUAAGGCUCAGUGUACAUCCACCAAUAAUUUUCAUCAGAGAGAAGAACCAGUGCUAAGGGGAUGUGUAUACCAGCAUAAUGCUGACACAUAGUUGAAGCACCCUGGACACAGGUGGGGAUAUGCAGCACCUGCACACUCAAACAGAUAUUCACCUAGAGGAAAAGAGGGCUCUCAGUGUUAGGUGCUAAACAUGGUUCUGGGUGCUGGGACUUAGGUGCAGACUACAAUACCUGGAUAGGGGGAAAGACAGGCCAUGAAUGCAGUUACAAUGGAGGGUCACACAGGGUCUGUGCCAGUAAGAAGAAGAAAAACCAAAUUCGGGCUUAUUGGUAGGGGAGAUCAGAGAAAGUCUUCCUGAAGGAGAUUAAGAAAGAGGAGCGUGCUGGGUGCAGUGGCGCAUGCCUGUAAUCCCAGCGGCUUGGGAGGCUGAGGCAGGAGGAUCACAAGUUCUAGGCCAGCAUCAGCAACUUAGUGAGGCCCUAAGCAGCUUAGCAAGACCCUGUCUCAAAAUAAAAGGUAAAAUAAAAGGGCUGGGGAUGUGGCUCAAUGGUUAAGUGCUCCUGGGUUCAAUCUCUGGCAUCCAACAAAAGAAAAAAAAAAAAAGAACAGAAAAAACAAACAAAAAAAAAAGAUGUAGGCAUGUCACCAAGGAUAAACUGGAACAAUUUGGACCAAGUCUUUGGACAGCUGCAUAAUUUUGAAAAAUUAUUUUUAUUUACCAAGAAAUAAUACUGGUUACCAUUUAUUUCAUUGUCUACCAUGUUUCAGAUGAUGGGCACACCAGAUAAGACUGACCCAUUUCUAUUUCUACUCUGAAUCUUAACUCAUUACUGAGUCAUGUUAAGACACUUGCACCAAAAUGACAUUUAGGGUAUUUUGCUUCAUACUAUAGGGUGUGAGCUAGGGACUGGCCAACUGACUCCGUAGUUUCAGAGGUUGAUAUGAUCUAGACCAGGGGUCAGCAAACUAUGAGCCUGUGGGCCAAAUUUGGCCUAUGGCCUAUUUUAUAUAAUGUACAAACUAAGAAUGGUUUUUACAUUUUUAAAGUGUUUUCUAAGCAAAGAAAAACAAACAAAACGAGACAAAGGCCAUAGGUGGCUCAUAAAGCCUAAAAUAAUUAUUUUCUCCUUUAGACAAAAAGUUUGCUGACCCCUAAUAAAAUUGUGGAAGACUUGCAUAAUGUCUGAAUUUGAAAAACAUGGUAUUUGUGUCUCUGUUUGUGUGUACAUGUAUUAGUCUCUACUUUUUUCUGUUGCAAGUAUCAAAAACUCAACUCAAACCUGGUUAAGCCAAUAGGAAAUUAAUUAGUGUACAUAACUGAUAAAUCAAAGGAUUUGUCUGCCUUCAGACCUGGAUGUCUAGAGGUUCAAAUGAUGAUUUUUCUAUUUCUUGACUUUACUUCCUUCUUUUUGGUCUAUCUAGCUCUAGCUCUGAAAUCCUAGGGACAACUUUGGCCAGCUAUGGACAUGAACCUAUCUCUAGGAUGGAAGAUUGGGCCACCAUAAUUGACAACUUCACCAGGACUGUGAGGAGGAGAAAAUUGGGUCCCCAAAGGAAGGAAUGAUGGGCAGAUAAGCAAUAUGUGUUCAGUAUAUUUCACCCUUUAUUUCAUCCACCUAUACUUUUCUUAAUAAGCAUACAAUUUCAACAUGUACCUGCCUAAUAAUGCAGUGAUUCUAAACCCAACCAAAAACAUACUCACCCACUUCCAGUGGUAGAGAAAACAGUGUCACAUCUAGUUGCUUUACUCAUUCAGGGUCUCUUGAUCAGGUAUGGAUAUGAAUUAUUAAGAUUUUGCAAUUUAUAGCUAAAAGAUAAAUUUAGUUAUCCCUAUAUAACCAAUAUGAAAUAGCAGAGGAAAAUGGGAUCACAAUUUUGAAAAAGUCUUCCAUUUGGAUUAAGGGAGAAGAGAAAACAAUCUCUAAUCUAUAGCACACAGCACAUCCUUCUAGACAGUGGAGUGAAUUUCUUGAUCAAUAAAAUUAAUUGGUCUUGGUCCUUUCCAUGGGGGAAAUAUCUCCUUUAUCCAUUGUUGUUUACAGACAUCCCUAAGAUGACCCAUCUAUAACUGUAACAUCCCACUUCCCUCUGACAUGGUUUUGGGAUAAAGAUUGCAUUGAAAUCCAGCAUGCCCAGAUUUCUCUUUAUCAGAUAUGUGGAUUCUCUGAUUCCUGGGCUCUCUGUGAACUAGUAACCAUCAUCAAGAAUCUUGCUGAGUCUUCUUCCUAGAGUCUUUUUCUAGCCUUCAGAAAUAUGGUUUACAUCUCUAGCAUCACACUUUAACUAUUCCUCUCAACUUCAUGGCUUCCAUAGUGGCCUGUCUAUGGUGGUGCUCACAAAGUCAUAAUUUCUAUUUGACUCAUGGCUCAUUCAUGCUCCAGUGACCUUGGCCCUGAUCAGACAGUCAAAAUUCCUUAGUGGAGCCAAACAUGAUGGUGCAUGUCUAUGAUCUCUGUGGCUCAGGAGGCUGAGGCAGGAAGAUUGCUAGUUCAAAACCAGCCUCAGCAACUUAGCAAGACCCUAAAAAACUUAAAGACCCUCUCAAAGUAAAAUAUACAAAAAGGGCUGGAGAUGUGGCUCAGUGGUUAAGUGCCCCUGGGUUCAAUCCCCAAUUAAUAAAAAAAAAAUUCCUGAGCAGUACUAGCUCCUAGGCCUCAGUCCCAAGGAGAUUCUUAGGACAGUACUGAAGCAACCAAGCAUACACUCAUUCUGUCCAGCAAUAGGCAGCUUGCUUCACUCCUCUCCCUCCAGAACACAACCUAUUAUUACACUGAGUUUAAAGCACCAAAGGAUGCCUGAGGAAAUUCUUUCAGUUGACACUGAUUAUGGGGCCCUCUGAUAAUCUCUAGAACUUGGGGACUGUCAGGAGAGUCUUUAGCCUUCAGCAGGUCUCCUAUAAUGAAUUUCUCUCCUUGGAUGCAACCUGGGUGUCCUGGAUAUGAGGAGCAAAGACUUUUGGUCUGAGAUGGGUUUGGUGACCUCUGACCUUGGAAAUGGCUCUCCGUGUACUCUGACCAGAUCUAGAGGCUCACCCCUGUCUCUGUGCAGCAGAACAUGCAUGCAAUGACCUCCAAAAGAGGGUGCUAUGGAUGUGGAGAUCACAGAACCUCCUUGAUUCUUUCCAACUUUAGUUCUAAUCUUCGGGCAUCUACUCUUCUGACUGUGCUGGCCCCAUUGUGACAUGACAAAACCCAGCAGGGAAUCAGAGGCUAUUUGUGGCCUCUGGGCUUCCUUGCAUGGUCAGUAUAUUUUAUAUUCCAUUACACAGCCUGGUGUUCUACCUCUUGGGUUCAGGGAGCUCAGAGCCUAUGCAGUCCAUGCAGCUACUAUCUUCCAGUCUGAGGCCUGGGUCUGGAUUUUCUCAUCCAGGCUAUAUCCUGGAAGGCUGAGCUGGGUAACUAAGUCAAGUGCAAACUCAGAAAGGGCAGAGGGCCACUCUUUUUCUUCUUAUCCCUUCCUUCAGACACAGCUAUUAAAAUGUCCUCCACCUUUUAGCAGCUUGGAUUGAUCAAAGCCUUUAAGUGGCCAUCUGUUGAUGGAACUUUGAACACCUUCUACCCUCCUGCCCUCCAGCUGCCUAAGAGCACAGAGACCCAGAAGGCAGCCCACAGGCCUAGGUAGGGCUUUUCCCAAGGGAUGUCUUAGAUGCUCAUCAGAAAAUGCAGAGGACCAUGAAAAAAGCCUGUAGAAUGAGCCUCAGCUUCUUGGAAAGUAGUCCAGAAAUGGCUUGACCUAUGACCUUGUCACUGGGUCCCUGAGAGAAAGCCAGGGGUCAGGGCUAAGUUCCCUGCAUUUGAGAAGGAAAAAUCUGCUGUGUUCUCAGGUCUUUUUACUAUCCAACUAUUAGGAAUCAGUAUUGAGAUAGGGACUUUGAUUAUGUCUCUAUGUCUUAAUACAGUCCUCUAGAAAACAGAUUCUGAGGCAGAGGGCCAGAAUUAAAUGAUGACUAUUUGGGAAGGUGGAAGCCCAGGAUAGGGGCAGGGAGAGAAGUGCAGAGAAAGGAAGCAACGUAAGACAGUGUAUUACUGUGUUCCUUACUAUGUCACAUAAAUCAUGAAGACAGAGCAGGUCACAUGACAGUCACAAGUGUUUGCUAGGUACAUGGUGUUUGCAAGGAGAAGCUGCAACUUGGAGCAGUUGCCCAAUAGGAGAUUUUGGAAGGAAUUUAUCCAUCUGUUCUACUCUCAUCUGUUUUCCACUGGCCAAGGUACACCCCACAGAGAGCUAAUUCCCCUACACUUAACAGUAGCAUUAUUUGCUGCCUGUAUGGCUUCUGGGGAAGUCAGCUCUAAUGGCCUGCCACAUGGAAUUUCCACCAAAGUUGUGAAAGUAGAGAGAUUACAUAGUUUAGGCAUGGUGCCACCCAAGAGAGAAAAAGGGAGGUAACCUAGAGAGUACAAGAAAGUGCAUGAGGAUUAUAACCAAUAUAUUCCACCUUUUUCCACAGGAUUCAUAGUCAAGGACCCCAGAAAUCAGGCCACAGGCACUGCCUGAAUUCAAAGCCAAAUAAAUCUUAUUUAACUGUGGGGGUAAAAGCAUUCAGUCCCUCCCCUUUCUGGAACUUCACAAGCCCUAAGCUCUAGCCUCUCUCCACCUCUGUGUUUUGUUCUCAUUCACCUUAGCUUAGAGAAGAGGACUUGACUUUAUAAUAUGCAAGAUGUAUGAUUUAUUUGGCCCUUGGCAUUCUGGAUUUCUGGCCUAAGGCAGAAAAGGCAACUCUAAACAAAGCUGUAUAGUGUUGUAAUUCUGCCAGCAUGGUGGAAAGCUAAAUUGCAGGAUCUUGUGGAAAAUCUCAAGAACAGGCCAACACACUCCAACAUCUAGAUAAUUUUUUCUAGCACGUCCCUGAAAUCUCCAAUUUUUUUUUUUUUGGUACCAGGCAUUGAAAUCAGGGACACUUGAUCACUGAGCCUCAUCUCCAACCCUAUUUUGUAUUUUAUUUAGAGACAGGGUCUCCUUGAGUUGCUUAGCACCUCGCUUUUGCUGAGGCUGGCUUUGAACUUGCGAUCUUCCUGUCUCGACCUCCUGAGCAGGGGUCACAGGUGUGUGCCACCACAACAGGCAAAUCUCCAUCUUUAAUGGAUGCAUUAUCUACAUCUCAAUAUACAAUAGAGUUUAACUAAAUAGUGUGUGUGUGUGUGUUUACUGGCAGAUUGAACCCUGGAGUGCUCUGCUACUGAGCUAUGUCUCCAACUCUUUUAUUUUAUUGCUAAAUUGCCCAGCCUGGCCUCAAACUUGCAGAACUCUUGUAUUAAGCUCCUGAGUCAUUAGAAUCACAAGUGUGUGCCACGGCACCCAGCUAACCAGCUAAUUUGACAUCACCCAACAGGGAUUUCUAACUUCCCAGUCAAGAGUGAUCAGAUCAUCACUGACUCCAUUUGACUCCAGUUCCAGCAAUUACACAUUCCAUUGUUUGCUUAUCACCUUUCAUUUCUAUAUUAGCACUAAUUUAAUUACAAAUGAUAGUAACUAAUAUAAAAUAGCUUAAUGCAAAAAGGGAACUGAGAAGUGAAUAGCAUUACUGACCUCAGGCAGGGCUGAACUAGAAGGCUCAAAAAAUAUCACCAGGUCUCUCUUGCUCCAUCUUUCAGGGCUCUGCUUCCCUUUAAGCUGUGGCUCUACUCUUUUUCCUACCAGAUAAGUACUCUCUCCAUAUAGCAGAGAGAGCUGGGUGCCAGCAGUUUCAAUCUCAUAUCCUUUUUCUUUUUCUUUUUUUGGGGGGUACCGAGUAUUGAACUAACGGGGACUCGACCACUGAGCCACAUCCCCAGUCCAAUUUUUUUGCAUUUUAUGUAGAGACAGGGUCUCACUGAGUUAUUUAGCUCCUCCUUUUUUUUCUGAGGCUGGCUUUAAACUUGUGAUCCUCCUGCCUCAGCCUCCCAAGCCACUGGGAUUACAGGUGUGCACCACCAUGCCCAGCCCAAUCUCAUAUCCUUGUAACACCAUGACCUCCAAAGCAAGAGAGCUUUGAUAGGGAAUAUUAUGAUUGGCUCUACUUAGGUCACAAACUUGUACCUGAACUAAUAACUUUGGUUGGAAUGAUGGUCUCCUCUACCUGAUCUGAUGGGUCAUGUAUCCAUCUCUAUAGGGCAGAGAUAAAGGUGGCAUUGUGACUAUCAGUCCCAUCAAGUACUUAUGAAAUGUGAAUACAUGCUCUGCAUGACCUAUAAGAAUGUUUAAUUUGGCCUGGCUGGAGGUUAGAUGCACAUGAAAGGGCAGUGAGAGUCAAGUAAGGACUAGAUCCAGAGAAAGUAUAUAAAUUUUAUGCUAGGGUCAGCAGGGAGCCAUUGGAAUGUUUUAAUCGAGAAGUGAUAUGAUCAGAUUUGGAUUUUAGAAAGAUCCUCAGGCAGCUAAGUGGAGAAUAGAUUUGAGCAAUACAUACUAGAUAAAGAGUCUAGUUAGGUUGCUAGUGAAAUAGUUCUACUGAUGAGGAGUUGUAAUAUAAAGGGACUGAUUUAAGAUGUAUUGAGAUUAAAUUUAAGAUGUUUAGGGAACUGAGUCAAGCUGGUCAGGAUGAUUAUGGACAUGAAACUUGCUGUGUUUACUAACAUGCUGAGCAUAUUGCUUUUCUUGCUUGUCUUCCUCUAUUACUACCUAGCCAUCAGCAAUCCCCAAAAAGGAAUGAAAGUGGUGGUUCCAUCCCAGUGUUCCAAGAGAUAGGGUGAGGCAAGAUGGAGGGUGGGAGGGGCCUUCACACUUCACUUCAUCCCCCUACCCAUCACAGCAUGGCAGCAAUUAUUACAUAUGAAUUCUUCCAAACAACUUUUAUUUAUUCAAAGUAUUCCUUACCCAUGGAACAAGAAGCUGCCACUGAAUUGGGGCAAGUUUAGGGGCUGCUUUUUUCUGUUGUCUCCCCCUCAAUAAAAAAGUAAACAUAUUGGUAUUCGGGAGGUAGCUCAGUGGUACAGCACUUGUCUAGGACAUUGAGGAGUUGGAUUCAAUCUCCAGUUCCAUAAAAAAAUAAAAAUUUUAAGAUUUUUACAAGGUAAAAUUGAUUCAGUUUAAAUGAGGAUAGAAAUCUAAAAUGCUUCCUUCUCAAGGUUCAGGCUGAAUAAAUCACAGAUGAUAUUUAGUAAGGAACGUGAAAGAAAUUUAGAGAAGAUGAGUCUGCCUGUGAGGUAUCCAAGUGGAGCUGUUUCAAAGGCAAUUCAUCCAAAAGGCAACUUGAAACUCAAGAAGGUUAGGAUGGAGAUAUAGAUUUUGGAAGCCUAGUUUAUAGAUGUAUGUCUCUAAUGCUGAUUUAAACAGAAAACAUUUGUUGGAAGGGCACUAGUUUGGGUACCAUGAUUCAGGUAGGAGACCCAAGAUUAGAAAAUAGGUAGGAACAAUGGAAGGCGAGUUCACCAGAACAAAGGCCAGAAUCACAUACCAGAACCAGCCCAGCAAGAACAUUGCUCCUGCUGUUAUCUUCAGACACUGGAUGUCACCCCCACCAAUUCCCACACCACAGGCUGCUGGGCAUGAGAUUAGGCUGAGCCUAUUGUGGCAACUGUCACUGGGAUGAAUUCUCCAUGGUUUUAUUUCUCUGAAUCAUUUCAGAAUCUCCAUUUCCGGGGGCUGCUUGGCUAAGCCUAGGUCAUAUGCUUCUGUCUUACCUGCUGAAGAUCUGGGAAAGUAAAGAUCUAAACUUUUGGUGUCUGCCAUGGAAGGCAGGCUCUGCUUAUCUAUAUGAUUUGUAACGUAAGAAGGGGAUUCAGAUUCUGAGAAGCCUAAAAUGAGCUAGGUCUGCUUCACCAGGGUGCUGUUGAAAUCACUGGAAAGUGUGAUAAGACGAAAAAAAAGGCUUAUGCUGGCCUGUUUUCUUACUUAAAUAGUAAAUUAAGGAAAAGGAGUCUAUUAAGAAUGCAGUGAAGGAAUCACAUGAGAAAGAAACUGGAAGAGGCUAUUUCAAAGGAGCCAACAGAGGUUGAGAGGAUAGGAUGAUCAACAAUGCCGAAUGACAUCAAGUGGUUUACCAAGCCUGAAUAUUUCCAGUGGACUUGGCAGUUCAGAAGUCAUUUGUAACUUUGGUGAAAGUGUUUUCAGUAGAGAUUCUGGGAAGACUCAGAUGGCACCCAUGGAAGUGUAGCUGCAGAGUAUAGACUACUACUAGAAGCUGGGCUGCAGGCAAGAAAAACCAGUAGCAUAUCAGAUUAAAACAGGAUUUUUUUUAAAGGUUGGGCUAAUUGAUCAUAUUUGUGUGCUAAGAUCAAAGAGUAGAAAAGAGGAAAGAGUUGAAUAUACAUGAAGGAAAGGGUAAGCAAAGGACCAGUUAGCGAAGAGGCAAAAAGGAGAUACAGAUCACAAUGAAAGGAUUAACCUUCGAUUUGAAGGGAGACCUCCACUUGGCUUUGUGAAAUAUAAAAGAUGGGAGAGAGCCAAUGUCAGGGGACAGAAAGUGGAGGCAGCAACCCUCAUGGCCUUUAUUUUAUCUGUGAAACAGAAUGAAGGAUGGUGUGGAAGGGAUGCUUGUUACACUGAGAGCUCAGCUAAUGAGACUAUGUAUUGGGUACAAGUUAAGUGAGCUUAAGCAAUUUGUUCUAGAUAAAGAGUGAUUCACAGAACCCCAAGGUCAGAGGGCCUCACAAAGUGUCUGAGAAGCCACCAGGAGCUAGAGAACUAUCUUGCCAUUUCUAGUUUCUACUUCUCCAUGCUUCAUUCUCUGUCCUAGAAUGUCUUUAUCCAUUCUCAUUUCACAUAAUAGGUGGGAGAUGGAUAGAGUCUAGUUAGAAUCAUAAUCUCUCAGCCCUAUUUCAGAUUCCCAGGAGAGAAUAUUUGUUUAGUAUAAUGAGAUCAGGAAUACACUUACAGUUCAAUAAACUGCAACCAGGGUGCCAGGGGUCACAAAAUACAAAAAUGGCCCUGAAGCUUGUGGAUUUGGAGUGUGAAUGUGGGAAAUAUAAUUCCCAAAGAAUGGGCUCAUGGGCUGGACUAACCUAAAAUGGUUUCCACCUACAAGCUCAAGUCUGUAGGACUGAGUAGUUCCUUCAUCCUAGUUUAGGAUGAGAGAAUAGAGAAGAUACAUAGUUAAAAUUACCCAUGAGUGUUUUUUUAAAAAAGAUUAAGGUCAAUCAUACUAACAAAAAUGCCAUUAAUGUGACUGACUUAAAGACAUGGAAUGGAGGGGCUGGGUUGUAGCUCAGUGGU